GCCGGAAGAGCUUCCGGUAUGGACCGGAAAUUCCUUUAAGCGUAAUCGCCGCAGUGGGCCGUAGGCGCUGGUUACGGCUGCUGUCGCCGCCAUGGGCAAAAGAGACCGGGCGGAUCGCGAUAAGAAGAAGUCCAAGAAGCGUCACUACGAGGAUGAGGAAGUGGAGGAAGACGACACCCCUGGGAACGACCCUCAGGAAGCAGUUCCCUCUGCGGCCGGGAAGCAGGUGGAUGAAUCAGGCACCAAAGUGGAUGAAUAUGGAGCGAAGGACUACAGGCUGCAGAUGCCGCUGAAGGAUGAUCACACCUCCAGGCCCCUCUGGGUGGCUCCUGAUGGCCACAUCUUCUUAGAAGCCUUCUCUCCAGUUUACAAAUAUGCUCAAGACUUCCUGGUGGCUAUUGCAGAGCCAGUGUGCCGACCAACCCAUGUGCAUGAGUACAAACUAACUGCCUACUCCCUCUACGCAGCUGUCAGUGUCGGGCUACAGACUAGUGAUAUCACUGAGUACCUCAGGAAGCUCAGCAAGACGGGUGUGCCUGAUGGGAUUAUUCAGUUUAUUAAGCUGUGUACUGUCAGCUAUGGAAAAGUCAAGCUAGUCCUGAAGCACAACAGGUACUUCGUUGAAAGCUCCCACCCUGAUGUCAUCCAGCAUCUUCUCCAGGAUCCAGUGAUCCGGGAAUGCCGCCUGAGGAACUCCGAGGGGGAGGCUACCGAGCUCAUCACAGAGACGUUCACGAGCAAAUCUGCUAUUUCCAAAACUUUGGAAGGGAGUGGUGGGCCCUCCACGUCCCGAGUGACAGAUCCACAGAAUAAAUCUGACAUUCCUACUGACCUGUUUGACUUUUAUGAGCAAAUGGACAAGGAUGAGGAGGAUGAAGAAGAGACACAGACAGUAUCUUUUGAAGUCAAGCAGGAAAUGAUUGAAGAACUCCAGAAACGUUGCAUCCACCUGGAGUACCCUCUGUUGGCAGAAUAUGACUUCCGGAACGAUUCUGUCAACCCUGACAUCAACAUUGACCUGAAGCCCACAGCCGUCCUUAGACCCUACCAGGAGAAGAGCUUGCGGAAGAUGUUUGGGAAUGGACGUGCACGCUCAGGGGUCAUUGUCCUUCCAUGUGGUGCUGGGAAGUCCCUGGUUGGAGUGACGGCUGCGUGCACUGUUCGAAAGCGCUGCCUGGUGCUGGGCAACUCGGCGGUGUCUGUGGAGCAGUGGAAAGCCCAGUUCAAGAUGUGGUCAACCAUUGACGACAGCCAGAUCUGCCGCUUCACCUCUGAUGCCAAGGACAAGCCCAUAGGCUGCUCAGUUGCCAUCAGCACCUACUCCAUGCUGGGCCACACCACCAAAAGGUCCUGGGAGGCUGAGCGCGUCAUGGAGUGGCUCAAAACUCAGGAGUGGGGCCUUAUGAUACUGGAUGAAGUACACACCAUACCAGCCAAGAUGUUCCGGCGGGUGCUCACUAUCGUGCAGGCCCACUGCAAGCUGGGCUUGACAGCCACUCUUGUUCGAGAAGAUGACAAAAUUGUUGACUUGAAUUUUCUGAUUGGACCCAAGCUCUAUGAAGCCAAUUGGAUGGAGCUUCAGAACAACGGCUAUAUCGCCAAAGUCCAGUGUGCUGAGGUCUGGUGCCCGAUGUCUCCUGAGUUUUAUCGAGAGUAUGUGGCAAUCAAAACCAAGAAGCGAAUCUUGCUGUACACCAUGAACCCCAAUAAAUUCAGAGCUUGCCAGUUUCUGAUCAAGUUUCAUGAAAGGAGGAAUGACAAAAUUAUUGUCUUUGCUGACAACGUGUUUGCCUUGAAGGAGUAUGCCAUCCGGCUGAACAAACCCUAUAUUUAUGGUCCUACGUCCCAGGGAGAAAGGAUGCAAAUUCUCCAGAAUUUCAAACACAACCCCAAAAUCAACACCAUCUUCAUAUCCAAGGUAGGUGACACAUCGUUUGAUCUGCCAGAAGCAAACGUGCUCAUUCAGAUCUCUUCUCAUGGUGGCUCCCGGCGGCAGGAGGCCCAGAGGUUAGGGCGGGUGCUCCGAGCCAAAAAAGGCAUGGUCGCAGAGGAGUACAACGCCUUUUUUUAUUCGCUGGUAUCCCAGGACACGCAGGAAAUGGCUUACUCAACCAAGCGGCAGAGGUUCUUGGUGGAUCAAGGUUAUAGCUUUAAGGUGAUCACAAAGCUUGCUGGCAUGGAGGAGGAAGACUUGGCAUUUUCAACGAAGGAAGAGCAACAGCAGCUUUUGCAGAAAGUCCUGGCAGCCACUGACCUGGAUGCUGAGGAAGAGGUGGUGGCAGGAGAAUUUGGCUCCAAAUCCAGCCAGGUGUCACGGCGCUUUGGCACAAUGAGCUCCAUGUCUGGGGCCGAUGACACCGUGUACAUGGAGUACCACUCGUCGCGGAGCAAGACUUCGUCUAAACACGUGCACCCACUUUUCAAGCGCUUUAGGAAAUGAUGGCCGCAUGCAGUUACUGGAUGCUUGGCGUCAGCGUUGGAUGGGAUUUCCAGAAUUUCUCCCCACACCCGUGGACUUUCCCCCUAGUGCUGGCCAAACCGACCUAAGUUCACUGUCUGUUGACCAUGUUGAAAAGACAUCAAGGACUUGCUUUUGUCUUCAUAGGUCAUCCAGGGUUUAAAUAAAAGUGGGAGACUAUUUUUUUUUUAUCUUUCAGACCACUUUCUGAACUUGUUGGGGGAUGGUUCAUUCCUGUAUAUAAAAACAUUGUAAUAUUUAAAAUGUAUUUAUCUUACUGUUCUCUGAAUACAAAAGAAAUGGGAACAUUUCUUUGUCUUCAUUAAAGAUGUGUUUUUAUGUCCGUCAUAGGUGUGGGUUAGGUCUAGAUGAUGAAUCUCCAUCAAGGCUCCAUUUGGCAGCAGACACAGAGGAGUAAGAUGGAGCUCAGUUCUAGGAGCUACUGGGGACAACGCAGCCACUCAGUGUUGAAGAAUUGACAGGUGGGGGGCCAUGAGGAAAUAGGGAGGUGGUUUUCUAGGCAGAGGGAGGGGCUGGAGGAAAUCUCAGUGUUCACUGUUCAGCUAGUAGUGUUGGGGUGUGAUGUCAGUGGAUUUAGAUCGGGGAGUCAACCCCUGCAGCUUCCUUCCUGGUCAUUGGCCUUGGCUGUUUCUCACCAGGCUUAAUCUGUAGUGGGCACGCAACACAUUAGGUGCUCCAGGUCACCUAAAGACCAUCCCUUCCUCAGGAAGCCAUUCUGCACACAGCUCCUGGUGGUUGAUCUCUGAAUGAUCCUAUUUUCCCUCCAAAAUACGUUUUAGAUAUUGCUGGGAGGGUGGAUUCCUCUUCUAACUCCAGUUUGGUAUCCAGGGGUCUUUAAUGACUAGUUCUUUUAUUCUUAAAAUGUCUUGGGCUUUUUCUCUCUUGUUGCUCCUGGUAUGAAAGAAAAGAUGUUGAGGAAAAGAUAGAAGGCAGGGUUGCUGCAUGAAAGAGACACAGCCUAGGCCACAGAGAAUAACUUGUCAUUAGGAGAAGGAGGCUUGUUCUAACAGGCAACAGUGUUCACACCUAGGGAAUGUGAACCCAUGUGCUGAGUAAGGCAUCAAAACUAAAUUUAGGCCCCCACCCCAGCUCAGCUGCAGCAUUUCAUUUCCUGAGUCGGCAGACCCAAUAUUUAUACUGCUGCUCUGUGAAGCACCAGCAUACCACGCUCUGGAGAAGGCAGUAUCCCUUUGUUAGUGGUUUGAAGCAAGAGCCAUCUUCCCCAAAUUCCACUUCUCUGAGCCGACCUUUUGGGGACACACGGUCUCCUCUUAGUCUAGUCAGCAGUUGGGGCCGGGAGGCAGCUAGCCCCUCUGUCAGUGCAACCCCCCAGGAGCAUGGCAGUGGGGUCUCCUGCUUCAAGGAGAGAGCCUGGGCAGCCACACCUGAGGCCUGAGCUCGCUUAGGCCUGCGCACCUGCCUGUCAGCCUCAAUGGAUGGCACUCACAUGUCUCAGACUUGAUGUAACCGUUCAUACAUGCAGAUUCUCAUCUCCUGUCACACCUCUAUAUUUGAUCCACUCAGCCUGUACCAAACACUUCUUGUGUGUUCACCUUCCUGUCCCUUGUGCUCACUAUUGCCUUGUUCCCUAACUUGGCCAUGUGUCAUGGUUUGAAUUAUGUCCCCCCAAAAAUGUGUAUAUCAGUUUGGCUGGGCCAUGAUUCCUGGUGCUGUGUGAUUUUCCUAUAUCUUGUAAAUCCUGCCUCUAUGAUGUUAAUGAGG